UCUCAGCGCUGAGGCGGCCGGGCGGUCACCGGGACGAGGGGUCGCGUCCCGCCGCUCUUCCCGCUGCUUUCCCGAGGAUUCCCGCUGCUUUCCCGCUCCGGCCAUGCUCUCCCGCCUCGUCCUCCGCGCCGCCCCCGCCGCGCUGAGGGCGCUGCCGCCGCCGCCCGUGGCCGUGGGUGUGCUGCACGCCACAAGACAAGUACACACAACUCAGCAGAGUUUGGCUCCUUUGCCACCUCUGCCUGAGAAAGGAGGAGAAGUUCGUCAUGGUUUGAUCCCCGAGGAGUUUUUCCAGUUUCUCUACCCUAAAACAGGAGUCACAGGGCCCUACAUGCUGGGAACUGGCCUCGUGCUUUACCUGCUUUCCAAGGAAAUCUAUGUUGUUAACCACGAGACAGUGGCAGCUGCUUGUAUAUUGUCAGUCAUCAUUUAUGGCAUCAAGAGAUUCGGGCCUGAUGUGGCAGCUUUUGCUGACAAACUUAAUGAGGAGAAAGUAGCCAAAGCUCUGGCUGUGAAGAACGAGGCCAUCGAGGGUCUCCAGAAGGCCAUUGAGGCGGAGAAGAAGGAGCAGUGGCGGGUCGAGGGCCGCUCUUACCUCUUUGAUGCAAAGAGGAAUAACGUUGCGAUGCUGCUGGAAGCCAACUACCGGGAGAGGAUGAUGAUGGUGUACAAUGAGGUGAAGAAGAGGCUGGACUACCAAGUGGCCCUGCAGACCCUAAAGAGGCAGAAGGAACAGGAUUACAUGAUUCAGUGGGUGGAGAAGAACGUUAUUCAGAGCAUCACACCCCAACAGCAGAAGGAGAGCAUUGCCAAGUGCAUCCUGGACCUGAAGGCGCUGUCCAAGGGCGCACACGCAGCAGUGUGACCUCAUCUGAGCCCACUGACAUGUUUCAGUGCAUUGCUGGUGGAAACUAUGAGUCUAAAACAUCAUUAAACAAACCAAACCCAACCCCUCUGCUGUGUUUCACUGCCAACAGUCGUUGCCUGGUUGUGUUUGAAGUUGCUGGAUGGGUCCCACCAACCACUGCUGUUUAGAGGGGGGGAUUAGUUGCAGCCACAGUGUGUGUUGGAUUCCUGGUGUGGUCAUGAACACUUGCAGAGAUCAGAUACACAACUUCACAGAGACAGAUUCUGGUGCUCAAACUGAUCUCUGGGUUAGAAUUCUCUGUGAUAACAACCCACAGAUACCUGCUGUCAUUGCAAACAUGUUCUAAAAUCGGUGAUUUGUGCUGCCUUUGACCUGGUCCUGGACUUGGAGGGGCUCUGAAUGAAUGUCCUUGUUCUCAAAAUGAGCUGAAAACCCCUUUUUCACAACAAAGCUUUGUGUAGUGAUGAAAGUGUUCUGGUUCUGGGAAAAGAGUGAUCUGGCAGGAAAUAUGUCAAAAGCUACCGGAAAACAUGACUUCAGUAUUAAGUUUGAAACAGGGAAAUGGGUGAGUUUAGAGGGUGGGAUUUUUCUGGAUUUUCAUAGGAGAAAAAAAAGCUGUUGGUUUGGUUUUUUCCUUGUGCAUCAAGAGAAAUAAUUCCAUAUCUGUUAUGAUAAAAUACACAGAAUAAACCUCUUCCAUUUUCUUUCCAAAGGAAA